AAACUGAUAUACAAUGAGGGCUUACGUCAACAGUUAUUGCCCUCGCUAUAACAGGGUGUCAGCUUGUCAUUUGGAGACUGCCAAAAGAGAAGAAAUGGCGUACAUCGCUGGAGUUGAGCUUGGAGGAACUACAUGCCUUGCUGCGAUUGCCGAGUUAAGUCAUCCGACAACGAUGGUUGAAUGUUUUGAGACCGAUACAACCACGCCUCAGGAAACGCUUUCAAGCUUGUCAGAAUACCUCAAAGAGAAGCUCGCCGGUCUAAAAAUCGCCGCGUACUCGUCCAUAGGAAUCGCUUCAUUUGGUCCUUUAGAUCUGUGCAAGGAAUCCAAAACCUUUGGUUACAUCACAACGACCCCAAAAGAGGGUUGGAGAAAUGUGGCCGACGUUGUCGGAUUUUUUAAGCGCGAAUUUGGCGAGUCCACUCCAAUUGUAUUCGAAACCGACUGCAACGCACCUGCCAUUGCUGAAAUGGCAAAAAUUAAACAAGACCAGACCGAUCCUCCGACAGUGGUUUACAUCACUAUAGGAACUGGCGUCGGCGUAGGAGCUGUAGUGCGCGGGGAACCCAUUCACGGGCUUUUGCAUCCGGAAGCUGGACACAUGAUAAUACCACCCAUGGCUGGGGACAGUUACCCCGGGGGCUGCACCUUCAAACACCGCUACUGUGUAGAGGGAAUGGUGCAUUCUAAAGCUAUAGCAGAUCGUGCAGGGGUAAGUCAAAGAGAGCUUCACACCCUCCCAGACAAUCAUGAAGUGUGGGAGAAGGCUGGGUACUACCUAGGGGCACUGUGCCUAAAUAUAACGUAUGCUUUGUCCCCUCACGUGAUCGUGUUGGGAGGUGGGAUCAUGAAACGUAAGGUACUGUAUGGCAUAGUCAGAAGAUGGUUCAAGGAUUUGCUCAAAGGAUACCUGGAUGCGGAGAAAUUCAAGACAGAUGAGGGAUUGGCCAGCUACAUCCGAGAGAGUAUCUAUGGCGAUUCAGCUGGAAUUGUAGGAGCAUUAGAAUUGGCAAGGCAAGCAGCCUGCAAGAAGUAAUACAGCAAUGGGAUUUUCAUGCACAUCAAAUACAAUUUAUCAUCGUGUGAAAUAAACUAGAAGAGGAAGGUCAUUUUAACAUCUUUGCAAAACAACAAAUUCAAUGUCCUUUUAAAAUUGUAGAUACUUUUAUUUUUUUAAUUGAAAAUUAUUCCAACAAAAAACCUGAAAUCAUUCUCACUGAAAACAUAGCCACUCACUGCCCAAGUGAUCAGAUAUGGGUGACAAGAUUUAGCCUAGGUAUAUACACCCGGGUGUAUACGUAGGAGAUUGCACAAUAGUGGUGAGAGAAAUAAGUACAUGUCGCUGAAGGGAAGAAAAAGAAAACAAAAGAAAUGGCAUUUGUCAUGUCCUUAUUUCUGAUUAAGUGCUCAGCGUGUGCCAGCAGCUUUCUACUUCCACCCAUACGGGUUGUGUUGUGCACUUUUAUGCUUUAUUUUGACAUCCUUUCUCGAAACAGCUUUAUAUACUUAGAUGAGGGAGGAGCCUGCCAGAAGUCUCAGGCAAUCAAGACCAUAUUUUAUUGGGAAGGUAGGGGUAUGAUAUCUUUGCAUACAUGGCAAGUUUUGCGGACAUUUUUCACAGUGAGAUUACUCUUACCACUUCAACCAAAUUGUAAAUAUUUCAUCUAAAAAUAUGUGCAUAAUCUUCAUAUUAUUAUUGUGACAAGUGCCUGCAGGUGCAUGUUCAUUUCACUUUGGAUCAAAUCUGAUUCACGCAAGAUAUUUGCUGUUCUUCUGUCUUUUUUCUCUUCAGUCUUUUUUUGUCAGUCAAUAAUACUAUUGUAGGAAACCCUGGUGUGAGGUCCUUCUUGUCUGUUAUCAGGCUGAAUAUUUAAAAUGUAUCAAUAUUCAACUUUCCAAUAAAAAUUCAAUUGUUAUGCUUCAGCUAAUGUUUUCCUCUUUGUGAACACAAAUAAAAAGAUUUAUUAUUUAAUAAGUUAUGUCAAAAUAAAAAUAAUGCAAAUUAUCAAGAAAAAUUAUUUCAACUGUACAAGCUUGUAAACUCAUAACAACUUGAUGUAGCAGUGACAUGCCAUUAAUUUUAUAAAUUAAACUGUUCUCACUACUUGACUGUU